AUGAGCGUCCCCAUUCAUUCCAUUCCCCCAGAAGGGAGAACGAGCUACAUCAUUGAUCAGUUAGAGGGGGAACGCAUUAGUAUCCCUGGAAGCAAAGGCGUGUUUAGAAUAUUGGCUUCAUCUAAACAAACCAACGGUGGAAUUGCCGUCUUCUCCAGCGGUGCAGUCCUGUCUGAUGCCCCGGGCUUCCACUGGCAUGAGGAGGCGCACGAUAUCUUCCUUGUGACCAAAGGGUUUUUAAAGUUGUGGAAUGGCGAUAAAUGUAGAAUUAUGGGCCCUGGUGACUUUGCCUACGUUCCUCCGAGGUUUAUACAUAAUCCUGUUUUACUUGGGCCACAUACCGAGACUAUCGGCUUGGUGGCGCCAGGUGACUGGAUCGACUUCUUUAGAUACGUCGGCGAGACAUAUGAGGGUAUCGUCGUUCCUGAAAAUGAUAAUCGCAAUCUUGAUGCCAUGCUAGGAGAGAAGAUGAUGGUGGCCAAGGACCGCUUCGACGUCCAUUUUAAGCGCGAUUACCAGCCACCAGAUGUUGGAAACUGGCUAGAUACGGAGAACACAUUGCCAGCCCCGGGAGAGCCGUACUUCCUUCGCGCAAAUACAGGACCGCGGUGGCUGUUGGGUGGUGUUAUGUCGCGACCCUUCAUUCUCUCAUCGCAGUGCAGCGGCAAGUUCUCCAUCGCCAGUAUUGAAUCAUCCAAGGUAUACAAGUCAACACCCCUAGGUCGCUGGCUGAGCUUCCCCACUGUGGACCACUGCUUUUGUGUUCAAGAAGGUCUUCUGCGUGUCAAACUCAGGUCAAGUGGCGAUUCGUGGAGUGAAGUCCGGGAGGGCCAAACCCUAGUGAUCGCGGCUGGUGACGCCUUUGUGCUGGACUUUGCUAGUCGAUACGUCAGAGUCUGGUCCUUCACUAACGGCCGCGGGAUUGAGCAGGUGGUGCAAAAUGCUGGGACGCAGAUUUUUGAACAUGUGUUGCCAGACAGUCCUGUAUCUUGGGAGGAAGAGAAGCUAUCAAAUGUAUGUCGAGAGUUGGGUGUGGAGAUACAACAGUUAUAA